UCAACAUUACAUUCCUGGAGCGGUGAGCGGUCCGUACAGAAUUUACCCGAUGUCAAAUGCUGAGCCAAUUGAAGUAUACUGUGAACUUGACAUUAAAGGAGGCGGAUUCAGUUUCCUCCCUCACAACCUCACUCUUAGAUCAGAUGCUGAGCAGAUUGUCGACGCUCUCUUCCAAGACAAAAGAAACGUUUUGCUCAAGUUGAAGAAAAAGAUUGACAGUAGCGAUUCGUACACUUUGAUUCAGCCCCACCCCAAUUACACUGACAUCGAUUUUGGCGUUUUAGCCAAUAGCUACUCAGGGUACACUCAGCCAAAGAACGAAUUCAUGAAGGAAUACAUAUUCCUUGGAAUACUUCCGAAGUCAGUUGCGGACAAGAAAACAUUCCAGGGUUUUAGAUCUAACGGUAUCAGAUUACAGUUUAAGAACUGUGACGGCAAUCCCAACAGCUACUUUGCAUUUUUUCCGAACCGUUAUCAUCAACCACCACAUGAUCAUAGCAAGACGUCAGUCUAUGAAAAUAAAGGACUCGCGGUAAACUGGCGCUCCCAUGCCAAACCUGUCACGAGUGGCGGUCUGAAAAUGCCAAAUAGGUUCUUUUUCCUGACAGAACUACAUUUUGGUGGCUGUGGCUGCUGGACUUCAAGCGACCGGUGGAAGCAAUUUGGUUACAAUGCCACUGCCAUUGGAAUUCGUUAGACAUACAUUUACUGUUCUUUACCAUAAUUAUC